CCACAGAAAAAUACAACAACUGGAACGCGGUGGGGAGGCUUGAAAUAGGUUUUUCGCCUUCUUGGAAGGGGGCUGGCUCUCUCAACCAACGAGAUGUUUGUUUCACACCCCCUUUUCUGUCUUAAAAGCCUUGAGAGAUGGGAUAUGAGCCGUUGAUUAGGAACUGUCUUGUCUUUCGACUGACUUUUUAUCUCGAAACACUGGUCAAGUGAAAGGCUCCUUUGCUGGAGAAACAUAUAUGAAUCCUGAGUGAGAACCAUUCCUUCCAUUAGUUUAUUCAUUAUUCUGAUCCCCUGGCUUCUCAAAUUAAAAGAAGAAGAGCAACCCCAAACACUACUUAGAAAAUGACCAGAAACCUGCCGGGAAGGCUUGUUUGGAAUGAAAAGGAAUGCCAUGAGGAAAUAGACAUGGAUUUCAAAAAUGAAAACAGUGAAACAGAGUUGGGGAAGUCUCUAUCAUCAAUCAAUUGUGAAAGGCCACCAUCUAAUAAUGUGGCACCAAGUAACACUCAAGGACCGUUGGAUUGGUACAAUCUCAUUUCAUCAGAGGAAUGGCUUCGAAUUCAUGGACUCAAAACCAAAAAGCUAACCCUGUCCCACAUUUUAUCUCAGAUUGGAUUUCCGCAUCAGGAAGAUUACAUAUAUUCAAUAGGGAAAAUUGUGGCUUCCCGGUAUGCAGAUGGUCUAUUUCGUCAAUUCUGCAAAGCAGAAGAUGGUACAAUUUACAGGGUGACAGCAAAAACUCAGUUGAUCUACCCCUAUGUGACUUUUUUAAACGACGCUGUGGAAUGCUUCAAAGAGAGGAUGAAUUGGUUGACCAGUGGAAGCCGACAAAUUUUUGGUGUAAUCUUGGAACAAUGCAUCACCAUAGUACUAGAUUUUGGCUCUCUGGAUGAGGAGGAAUUUAGCCUUUGCCAGGAUGCUCUUGUAAUGGUCAUUGAUGAACAAGUGGCUCAUCUGACUAAAUUUAAUCUCAUUCGAGCUGCUCAGAACAUACACAAGUGGCGUCAUGAAUCUGUCAUUGCCAGUGAAUACCACAUAGACUCUGCUAUUAAGUGGAUUAAGAACCUCACAUGCCAGCAUUCUGUGGCUUCUGAUAGUGCCAUCAACGCUAUACGUGAAGCUAAAAGAGAUGACUCCGUCGUGGCUAUUUACUAUUUUCUUGUGGGUAAUGUUCUUGAGGAUUCCAAGAAGUCUCUCCUUCAUUCAGCAGCUGAGAGCUCACAUCCAGUACAUACAGUGUCCUUCAAUGCUCAAGGAGAAGACACUGUCACUUUCUUAAAGAAACUGAGUACUUCAUCCAAGGGCAGAUUUCAUGCGUUUGCUGCAAGAAUCGUGCCUCUGGGAAUUCCCGAGCCUUCCGCAGAGGAUGGAACCUUUUCUUUUUCUUCAAAUUUAAGGAAGUUGAAAGGAAGAAUACCUCCAGGUGCUGGGGUCAGAGAGGAUGUAUAUUUGAUUUGGAGAGAGCUGGAGGAAGCUCGUAAUACCCUGUCACAGAUCCAGAAGAUUAUUGAAGAAUCCACGAAACCUCCGCCUUUGAAACCAGGCAAUGAUAUCUCAUCUGAAAAAGGAAGUACCUCGGUGGAAAGUUUUCAGAUAUGUAUCUCUAAAGAGUACCAGAGAUAUAUGGAAGAGUCAGAAGAUGCCACAAAAGAGAAGACAGAAGAAUUUUAUCCUUCAAUGACAUCACUAGAAGACAGGUUGGAUUCCGGGAAGUGGCUGCAGAAAUAUGGCUUGAAAGCACAAAAACUCACGGCGUUUGAUAUCCUCGCUGACUGCUCCUUUCGCCAUAUUGAUGGAGUUGUUGACAUAAAAGCCAAACCCAACAAUGUGUACCUACAGACCUGUGCUGAGCCAAACAAGAAAAAUGUCCAUGCAAAGUACUGUAAUAAGUUUGUCCAUACUCCCUGGAAGGAUGGAAGAAUGGUCCAUGUUUAUGUCACUGCAGACAAGUGUAAGGCUUAUGAAGAGAAGAUGUACAACGCCUUGGAGCAGAUUAAUAAAAGGAUUGAGUGGCUACAAAAUGGCAGCCAAGGUCUCUUUGGAAUGGUGCUUGAAGAUUUUAUCUAUAUACUCAUCGAUACAUCUCAGUCAAUGAAGGGGAAACUACCUUUGGUGAAAGAGAAGAUUUUUCAGCUUUUAAAGGAGCAGCUGGUAUUCAAAAAAAAAUUCAAUUUUGUGAAAUUUGAUGCUAAGGCUGUUGCCUGGCAGAAGGAACUUGCUGAAGUUAAUGAAGAUAACUUGGAAAAGGCUAAGGAAUGGAUUAAAAACCUUCAGGUUGGAAGUUCUACCAAUACAACAGAUGCCCUUAGAAUUGCUUUCGCUGAUAAAGGAACCAAAAUAAUCUAUAUUCUGACGGAUGGGAGACCUGAUCAGCCUGUGGAAACAAUUUUACGUCAAGUCCAACUUCGAAAGAAAAUCCCUAUUCAUACAAUCUCCUUCAACUACCAUGAUGAAGAUGCCAAUGAAUUUUUGAAGGAACUCUCCCUCAGGACUGGAGGAGAAUUCCAUUACUUCCAUUAUGGUUUCCGGGAUCCUUUGGACCCAGAUGCUUACAUGAAUCAACAAAUGAACCUCUUGCAACAGGAAGUUGAAAUGGGACGAAAUGACCUUGAGAGAGUGCAAAACCUUUGCACUGAAUCCAUGAUGUUGGACUGGUAUCAAAACCUACAAAAUGAAGAGGAAACUGAGCAUACAAAGCCCGCCUCUGAGGUGGUUUUGGAAAAAGAAAAGUUAUCGGAAAUAUCUUUAGAGACACCUUCAAAGAGAAAAGUAUGCCCAUCUGAAGCUAGUUCCAUUAGUCCUUGUGGAAGUCCACCUCAAAUUCUUCUGAAGAAAAAAGUACCAUUUGCAGAACCAACAAAAACUAGUCUGCUCAGAAAUUCUUUUAUUGAAAAGAAGCUCAAAGAAAAAGGAUGGAAUGCAAAAAAGGACCCUCUUUCUGAACCAAAAGAGCUUUCUGGAAAACGAACUAUUUCGCCCAAUCGUAAAGAAGUAAGUAUAACAAGUGAAAAAAUACCACAAGUGAGGAGCAGAGACUCAAGCCAAGAUUCUCUAGAUAUGUCUUCAGAAACCUGGCUCAAGAUCCAUGGCUUGGCUGCUAAGCGACUCACCAUAAUGGAUGUCUUAUCCACUUCCACAAUUCCACAUCGCUCGAAAUAUGUGCCAGUUCUGGGCAAGCAUGUUGGUUCUAAAGUAUAUGAUUCGGUUCUUACAUUGAAACAUGUGGGCAAUGGCACAAAACAAAUGAUAUUAAUUAACCCUCUUUCAGUCAAUUUCAAGACCUAUAUCCAGAAUGUGGAACAAGCUGUAAAAUCCUUCAAAAGGCGCUUAAAUCUUCUCAUUUGGAAAGCGUUUUCUGCAAAAGAAAGAAAGAAGCUUAACCUACAGGAGCCAGUUCAAUACUUGGAAAAAAAAGAGGCUAUUCAAAAAGCCUUAGAAGAGGCAAACUUGCCUAUUUCUUUCGAAGAUAUGUUGUUAUUGGAAAAUGAGAUCCAAGCUGGGAAUACCUAUAUCAAGCAGGCUGUGGAAAUUCAGGAAGCAAGCAAGAAGGAGAACCCUCGUGGGGACCAGUUAUCAGAGAAAACACAUGGCCAAGGGAAGAAAUUUAAAAGCAAAAGAAUUGAUCCUCUCAAAGGCCAGAAGGUUAUUGCAAGAUCAGAGGAAAACGGCUUUUAUUUUCCAGGCACAGUAAUAAGGUGUAUUGGUCCCACACAUGCACUUGUACAGUUCAAAUAUGGAGACACUCGAAUCGUGCCUAUCGUGUUCAUUACCCCUGUGGGAGGUGCCAUGCCUUGUCCAACACUACAGGUUGGAGACUACGUAUUCGCCAAAAUUUUGAUUCCAAAGGGAUGUCAUUUCUAUGUUCCAGCGAUUAUCAUAGCAACACCCAGCCGAGAAGAACCAUGUGACAAAUUCUAUACUGUUCUGAAAUGUAACAACCGAAGAGACUUUUGCCUCCGAAGUGGACUUAUUAAAAUCAGCCAAAACAAAUAUGCACUUUCUUGUUCAUUUAUAAGGACCACGCCAAUGAAAGAACCCCCAAGGAUGAAUACUGAGGACCUGAGAUCUGAUUUUAUGGUCUUUCCUUUUGAUGAAGAGAAUGAGACUGAUCUAUUAAAAGACUCAGUAGAUGAGACUUCAAAAAAGAGUAAGAGCAGGAAGAAAUCUGAAAUGAAGAAGCAACCCGAAGACAUCUUUUCCUCAGAUUCAGAAGAUAGCAUCUUUGGAUUUGACACACCCAUGUACUGUUCCAAGCCAAAGGACCAGACAAAGAAAGAAUGGUUCUCAGAUGAUGUUUCUAAGGAGAAUAGUGACAAAUGCACUAAAUAUUAUGCUCAAUGGGUGAAUACCUACCCAAAGUGUCAAUGUUAUACGAGAACCUUUAACAUCAAAAAACAAUAUUUUUAAGUUGUUCUGCAUAUUAUUCUCUUCCUCUAGAAACCAUUUUUAGAACAGAUUCUACUGAGCUGGUCCCUAACUCGUAUCUACCAUUUGCAUUAAUUCCACUUCUUGGAGGCCCACUGCAAGCUCUGGGGCAGCCUGAAAAUUAAAAAGUGAUUUAUUGAUCAUUGUUUGAGUACAUUGGAGCAACUGGAUUUUUGGUACACCUGGUGUAAUGAGAUAUUCAGGAUUGUUGGAACUGAAGUGACAAAUUUAGUCAUUUCCACAUGAAUCUUUUAUAGUUUAUGGCCCAUGCUAACCAACAAGCAUCUUAACCAACAAAACUCUUAAUGUGUAUUUACUUUCCAAAACUCUUUUGCCUUUAACGACAAAACAAAAGAAAAAAAAACCACCUUAUUGGCUUUAGCCUUAUUAUAUAUACUUUAUCCUACUCUGUUUCCCAGUUGUCAUUCAUCUAGCCAAAACAAGUUUUUUCCAGCAAGUAAAAACCCCUAUUUGCUCUGGGGUAACCUUCAUGCUCUGGGCUUUGGAGCUACUGUGUCCUUAUUUUACUCAAAUCACUGUUAGUGGGUUUUUGAAGUCCCCUGGAAGUCAAUACAUUGUUAAUUCAAGUAGGGUUGACCAGACUGUAACCAAGAUGUGAAAUUGCAUGUUGCAUAUCAUUUAUAUCGAUUAUCACUCUUGUUCAAAUUCUUGCACCCCAAAUACUGCUCUAUUUUCCACCAGACUUAUAUUACCUGAUUUACAGACACCUUGGAAUACUUCAGGAUUAUAUCUAAUUCUAUCAAGUUGUCUGUUGUAUAAACCUCUUGGCAAGAGUGCAGAGCCAUAAUAAAAAUCUUAAAAUGCAAA